AUGGCGAGCCUCUGGCGCGCCGCAACAGCUUUAAUUGAAAACCCAAUCGACCAUGACGGCACAGAAUUCUGGUCCAACCCAGAACGCACCGGCUGGUUAAUGAAACAAGGCGAAUACAUCAAAACAUGGCGGCGCCGUUGGUUCGUACUCAAACAGGGAAAACUCUUCUGGUUCAAAGAAUCAACAAUCACACGCGUUUCCAAACCGCGUGGCGUUAUCCCCGUUGCGUCUUGUCUUACGGUUAAAGGCGCUGAGGAUAUUCUCCAUAAACCUUUUUCGUUUGAACUUUCAACACGCGCUGAUACUAUGUAUUUUGUUGCGGAUUCGGAUAAGGAGAAGGAGGAUUGGAUUAACUCGAUUGGGAGGUCGAUUGUUCAGCAUUCGAGAUCUGUUACCGAUUCGGAGAUCGUUGAUUACGAUAACAUGAAACGGUGA